AUGGAGAUCUACUACAAGGAUCAGCAGUCUGAGUCCUCUAUCGUGCUAAAGGAGAUCCUUUCCCUGCGCAGGGAGCGCAGGGAGCUGCUCUCCUCCCUCACCCCCGGGGUCUCCUCAUGGAAGCGGCUAGGGCAACCAGAGACCUUACUCGCAGCAAAUAAUUUCACGACGGGGCCCGUCCAGGAGAUCGAGAGGGAGUCGGCCUCGACAGACGAACAACUCGAUUGGUACCUUGAUUCUAUCUUGCAGGAUAUGGAUGACCUGGUCCACAGGAUGCUGUCUAUGGCCUAUGUUGUGGCCAAACCCGAUGGUGCCGCCAUCUCCUCGUACAUGGCCGAUGAGCUGCUUAACUCGACAUCCGGAUUAAAGGACGCCUGCGAGAAGUUUUGCAUAGAUACCAUGUGUGUUCCUAAUAAACCGGAGGAGAGGGUGCAUGAGUUCGCAUUAUUGGAUUUCUGCCACAAGUUCCUUUCAUCCCCCUUGGGUUUCGAGAACAAGUUGACCUUGGUAAUUACCAAGAAGAUGGAGGAGGACUACAGGGAUGAGGUAGAGAGGGAGACGAAACGGGAGGAGGAGGAGGAGGAGGGAAAUAAGUGGAAGAAGUUUUUGUUCAAUGAUGGUGGCCCGGAAUACCAGGACCAGGACCAGGAGCAGGACCAGGACCACGAGAACCUUGACCUUGACCCAGACACAAGGGAGUAUCUCGUGGAGGGGAUGAAGGUCGAGAGGAAAUUCUUCAUGGAUGAUCGGGAUGGUUGGAAUAGCAUAUGGGGCAGCAAGAGCGUAAGGUGCGGUGACUUCAAAGACAAAACCACCUUGAGCCCUAUGCACUUUACGCAUACCAUCCAAUCCUCUUGUGGUGUGAUCGGGAGCACCUUGGAGAUCUAUUACAUAAAAAUUCUUGAACUAAAAGGAGAACUGAAAUGGCCACUCAAACUGUAUGGAAUGGUCUCUGCUCGAGACACUGUGGAUCGCAACCGCAACCUUGUCUUUUUUCAGUCAAGCCUUGACCACCAAGAACUCGAUGAAAAUGGUUCUUUAUGUUUGACUGGUCCGUCUCGUGCAAUUGUAGCUCUGGACUAUGUUGAUUUUGAGGUUGAACUCAAAAUAAAAGAGGGAGAGAAGUCUCAGGGUAAAGAAUUGAUCACUCUUAGCAAGCGUUAUGACGGUACAGGUACCUCUCUCAUGUUCGAGAACAGCUUGUGUAAAGCGGUGUUAAAACUUCAUCAGCUUUCUAGAGCAGUCCAGGCCACUAUCGUGGGUGUUUGCGUUGUUGAAGGGGAAUGGCCUUUUGAAUAUGGAUGCCGAGUUGCUUGCUCCUUGGAAGCUGCCGCAGAUCAAGUUGGUGGAUCCUUGGAUGUUACUGCAGAUGAAGUUGUGUUGCUUGAUUGUUGUGGUGGACCUGGUGGUGGUAGUAAAAAUAAAGAAGUGCGUGUCGGUGUCGGUUCACAUGGUUACCUUCAUCUGUCAAGGAAUGUUGUCUCAGUUCCAUCAGGAGGAGGAUUGAAAGUUAGCAUAUACUCCUACUCCAAAUCAGGCCCUGUCGAUCGUGAAUGGAAUAUUGUCUUCCCUGCCCAGAAAUGCCAAACAAUUGAGAAGGAAUGGUCAGUUCGCACCUGUAAGAUAAAGGUCGUUGUUGCUUGGUCCCUCCUUGUCAAGCAGAAGCUGGACCUCUUGGUGGAUUGCCCAGCGGUAGAGACUUGAAGAUUUCUGUAUCAUCUAUCCAGCUAUUUGU